AUGUCUGUCUCCAUCAUCACCCUGCAAACGUGCUCGAGACUGGCGGGCGACGAGCCGCUCAAGGCCUCGCUCAUCGUCGACGCCCUCGGCGUGGCCCCGCUGCAGCAUGUGCUCGGUGCGGCGGCCGCCGUUCGCCAAGACCGCCGCAUGGACGCCCUGGUGGCCUUCAGCCAGGGGUAUCUGCGCGAGGGCCGCUCGACGCUGGCCCUGCUGGAGGGCAUCAGCCGGGCGGUGGCACAGUCGAUGCCGGUUGGUCUGGCCGGCGCGGCGCCGCUGGCCGACGCGGCUUCCACCUACGGCGUGCACUAUGCCGGCAUGUCGAACUUCGAGCGGGCCGCCCUGGCCAAGCGCCUGGCGCAGGCGGAGAAGCGCCUGGCCGCCGGGGCCAGCGAGUUCCUCCAGCUGAUGGAUGUCCUGUCGUACUGGCUGCAAUUUGUCCAGCUCCAGUCCACCUGA